AUGGGAGUCACAGUACAAACGCGUUCUUUCCCUUGCGACUUAAUAUGCCUUUGUACUGUAUUGAAAACAGAUGUAUUUGAACAAGAAGUUGAAGUUCACUCUUUUGGGUUAGCAAGGACUGCUUUGGAGUCCUGCCCAUGGGGAUGGCAACGUUAUGAGAGACGUUGCUUUAAGUUCGUCUCCACGACAAGAACUUGGGCUGAGGCUGAGCGAUACUGUGUUAUGAUGGGAGGAAACCUGGCAUCCGUGCAUAGCAGAAAUGAGUACUACUUUGUUCAGGACCUGGUACGCAAGAACACUCAAAGCACACCUGUCACCUGGAUCGGAGGGUGUGAUGCUGCUCAGGAGGGUCUGUGGCUGUGGAGUGAUGGAUCCAGGUUUGACUACUCUCACUGGAAUACUGCAGAGCCCAAUAAUCUUGAAAAAAUUGAGCAUUGCCUGCAUUUUAACUGGGGAGGGCCACUUGGCUGGAAUGAUAUCCCAUGUAACAGAUUAUACCCGUCUGUGUGUUCCAUGCAUCUGUGAGGCAAUGGAAGAAUUCACAGAAAGUCGGCAUUGGCAGGUGUAUACUGUAGAUCAAUGUAAACAUAUGCUCACAACUUUUUCAGAAAGACCUGCCAUGGUUGAUUUUACGUGACUAUCAUGAUGGAUAUGAACUUCCUGGCAUGAUUGCCAUUUUGAAACUUUAAAAUAGUGUUGUACAGGCUAUAUGAAUACUUUGUAACCCAUUGUUAUUAAUACUAUGAUGUUUUUAGAUAUAUUUU